CAUGGUCCAGGUACGCCGCUGGGACACACAUCUCCUGUGAGACGACAGCACCAUGAAGACACCGACGCUCGCCUUCCUGUUCGCUCUGCUUGCCGUUGCCAGCGUGGCAUCUUCUUCCGCAGCACCAGUGGAGGAAGAGCACCACGGCGACCGCCACGUGCGCUUCACGUGUGACGCGCUGAGCGCCUUUGGGGUGGCAGACUCGGCGUGCGCCGUCCGCUGUAUCGCGAUGAACAAAGGCUACCAUGGCGGACACUGCAAAGAGGGCGUCUGCCACUGCCGCAAGUAGGAGACCACCAGCAGUGGAACACCACCGCUGAUCAAUAGCUAACAUGCCUGCUUCGCCAAUAAACUGUCCAAAACUGUACUACAGGCUUGCUGUAAAUAUCUGUUCCUUCUUAUAUGCAACACUCUUGUAUUGAACUAAUACCAAUAAAGAUCAUGCGUGAGGUA